AUGACAUCAAAAAAUAGUUCACCAAAUCUACUUUCAAAGCAACAAAUAAAUAAUAAAUUAGUUAGACAAUCUUCAUCAACUAGUACAAUACAACGACGAAAUCAGAAUAUAAUGUAUCAACGUCGUCAAAACAUUACAACAAACAAUGACUUACUUAAUCAACAUACACCAUCAACAUUCUUUGUACCACUUGUUACUGGUGCAUUGAAUAAUUUUUUUCAAGCUACAAAAGUUAUGGAAGAUGAAAUUAUGUUACCAUCUAGACUUAGAGAUAUGCCUGUUGAUGAAGUUGUUCUUGAUAAUACAGUUCAACCAAAUAAUUGGCAUGAAUUAUAUACAUUUGUUCGUGAUAUACGAAAUCAACUAACACGAUCACGUCCAUUUAUUGAUAAUGAUAGUAAUUCAAAUAAACAACAAAUCAAAGAUUCAAAUGACGAUGAAGAAAUACUGAUUGCUAGUUGUGAUACAACACAACCUUCGUCAUCAGCAUCAAGCGUAUCAUCUGAUGAAUCUGAACAAAGUACAACAUCAUCGAGUACAGCAUCAUUUGAUGCCAUUAAAGAUGACCUUCAAUAUCAUCUUUUUGGACUUCUCGGAUCGCUCGAUAGCUUAAUAACAUUAGCUGAUAGAGUAACUGAACGAUAUCGAGAAGAUUCUACAUUUGCAAGUUAA